CCGCAUGCCGGAGUGUUCCUGAAAAGAGUGAUCUGCGAAAGAAUAAGAGAGGGUGGUGAGCCCUCCCUCCCUUCCCCCCCCCUCUGUCACACGGUCAUGUUUAUGCGGGCGAGGAGGCCGCAGUAAAUACUGUACACUAGAGGCGGGGUUUGACCUCUCAGAUCCGAAAACAUCACUGAUCCGGUAUUUCAGGUGUCCGGAGCAGAUCGCGACUCUCUACCGCCGCGCAGCAGCGACCGCGGUGCGGAUGGGCAGCUGAAGGGAAGUCGUCAGCUCGCUCAGCGGGGGAAACACUGGCAAACAACACCAGCAACUGCCCGAUACAGUGUUACAGCUACUUUUUAACAGUGGCUCACUGUGGCGAUGUCCGCCUUUGAUCUGUUGCGCGAUACGUAACUUCUCCGCUUAAAAAAGGAAAGUCUGCGAAGAUCCCUCGUAUACCACGCCGGGAGCUCCAAUCUUCCCCUGGCUGACAGUUUUGAAGCAAACAAGCCUGUCAGUCAAGAAGUUCGGCGGGAACCAGUGACCGAAACAGCGAGGAAAAUCGGACUUAUUUGCCCCCGAUUCGAAACCGUAAGGAAGGAGGAUGUAGUUGUUUGGAUUUGAUCUCUUUGAUAUGAACAGAAGACGGAACAACAGUCGUAAUCGCCGGCAACAUGUAUUGACCAAGUCUUUUGAUGCCCAAUGCUCAGAUCAUCUGCUUCAGACCUGCCCUAUGGAUGAGCCCAAGCCUUGGCCGCACUCACUGUUGCAGUGAUUGCACUGUUGAGGGGUGGCCACCUCUAGGGGGCGCUCUCACUCCUGCCUCGGAUGGUCGUCGGGGCCACCAGUGCAGCUUCUUGAAGUCCUUGAAUUACGUCUACACUUGCCAAAGUUCUUUUCCCGGUUACAAAACGCAUCCCUGCCACCGACUGUGUUUUUUUUAAUUUGCAUUUCGUGGCAUUUAAUUCGAGCCGCGCCCUUAGCCAUUUUCAAAGGGGAAUGUUGGAAUCCUGUCCCUCUUAAACUGGGACUCGCGCCCUAGAAGCGGAUGUGCAGCCAGACGGCCGGCCGGCAGCGGAACGAGAGAGUCUCCUUUCCGGACGAAGCCCGUCCGGUCCCUGGCAUCUUGCCGCUCCUGUUUUGUGGCCCCACUGGCUGCUUCCAGCACCCCUUGGAAUUGCACACGCACGGCGGCAGAACUCUGGUCCAAUGGCAUGGGUCAAGUUCUUCAAAAAGCCGGCAGGGAACCUGGGGAAGUCCUACCAGCCCGGCAGCAUGCUAUCCCUGGCCCCGACCAAGGGCUUGCUGAAUGAACCGGGGCAGAACAGCUGCUUCCUCAACAGCGCCGUGCAGGUGCUGUGGCAGCUGGACAUCUUCAGACGCAGCCUGAGACAGCUCUCUGGGCACUUCUGUCUGGGGGGGACCUGCAUUUUCUGUUCUCUAAAGAGCAUCUUCACGCAGUUCCAAAACAGCCGGGACCGUGCGCUGCCCUCAGACAACUUGCGGCUCGCCCUGGCCGAGACCUUUAAGGAUGAGCAGCGCUUCCAGCUGGGAUUCAUGGAUGAUGCGGCUGAGUGCUUCGAGAACAUUCUAGAGAGAAUCCACAUGCACAUCGCGCCCGACUCUGACUCUGACGGCUGCACGUCCAAGUCUUGCAUCACGCAUCAGAAGUUCGCCAUGACGCUGUAUGAGCAGGCGGUGUGUCGUAGCUGUGGGGCGUCCUCUGACCCCCUCCCUUUCACCGAGCUGGUGCACUAUGUGUCCACCACAAGUCUUUGCCAGCAGUUGGAUCGUGGACUUGACAAGAGUGACAGGCCCAGAUCGGACCGGUUCGGCGAGCUACUCUAUGCAGUGUGUGCUGUCGGGGACCUGAGGAACUGCCCGAGUGAAUGUGGCCAGAGGAUCCCCACGCGCCGGGUGCUGAUGAACUCGCCGGACAUUGUCACCAUCGGCUUCGUUUGGGAUGCGGAGCAGUCCGACCUGACCGAGGACGUCAUCCGAUCACUGGGGCCCUUUAUCAACCUCUCUGAGCUGUUCUAUGGCGUCAUGGAUGAGCAGGCCAAGAAGAGCGAACUGCGACUGGUGGGGAUGAUCUGCUACACCAGCCGUCACUACUGCGCCUUCGCCUACCACACGAAAACCUCCAAGUGGGUCUUCUUCGACGACGCCACCGUCAAGGAGGUUGGCUCCAAAUGGAAAGACGUUACCACUAAAUGCAUACGAGGCCAUUUCCAGCCCCUCCUGCUGUUCUACUCCAACCCCGACGGCAGCGCGGUCUCCCCCGACGACGCCCCCAAGCCGACCAACAUGGGCUCGCACUACAAGCCCGCCGUCAACGGAGAGGCCCCAGUGCCCGAGACGGUCGCCGCAGUGGCCAAGAGGACGGAGAACGACGUGGUGCCUGAGCUCAAGCACCCCAGGGUCCAGACCCCAGGGCCCUCCAGGACACCCUUCAUCCGGGGCAGUGGGCAGACGAGCGGGGGAAGAGGACCUGUGAGGAUCCUUCACAUAGACCCCAGAAGUAAGCUGAAGGAGCUAUCCAGGGAGUGCGCUCAGCGCGUUGGAGAAGUGCGGGGAACGCUGGCCCGGAGGGACCCGGAGAGGAACCAGCGGACCCAGCGGCACCGGGUCCUGACAGAGAGAACGUCGAGAGACGUGAACCCCGACAAGAUGUAUUCCCGCUCGGCCUCGCCCCCCGAAAGCGGCUUCCAGCAGUACGCGGAGCAGCGGCUCUACAACAGCCAGGGGAAGGGACCCUCGCGGGGCCAGAGGACCCCGGUUCUGCCCAGAGCCGCCCAGGAGGCUUUCUCCCCAUCCCGGGUGCAGGUGUUGCCCAGCGUCCAGGGUCGGCGCUUCGACCUCACCAAUGGCUAUGACACGGACAGCAGCCAGGAGUCGCGGGAGAGAGCCGGCCGCAGCAGACCCAGGGCAUGGAGGCCCAUGCGGGAGACGCUCAACGUGGACAGUGUGCUGAGCAGCCAGGACCAGGAACGGCAGCAGCAGCAGCGGCAGCAGGGUAAUCGCCGAAGACCUCCCGGCCAGGAGAGGGCACAGUAUGACCGGGAGCGCGCCUGGGCCAGAGAUGACCGCCGACCCAAGAAUCUCAUGACCAUUUACGAGGACGAGCAGAAGAACGAGAUGGGCAGCCACAGCUCGCUGGAGUCCGAGGACCGGGGCACCGUGGACAAGGAGAGGACUAAGGCCGGGUUGAACCUUGCGGUUCGGAACGAUACCUGGAAAAUGCAGCGCGCGGAAUCCGGAUACGAGAGCAGCGACAGGAUCAGCAACGGCUCCACCAAUCCCGACUCUCCAGGUGUGGAGAACUUUGCUGCCAAGGAGCUGAAGCCAAUACCUGAGAUGAGGGACCGGCCACAUCCCGGCAGAUACGACGACCCAAAGCCUGACCUUCCGCUGGGCCAGUCCUCCCAUGGCGAAUAUCCUGGCAGAGCUCAUAACCUCCCAGAAUCUCAUAACCUCAGAUCUCCUUCAAUUUUACAAAGAAGAAAGGCGUUCAGAGGCGCUGGAAGUGUGGACGGCAUGGAUGGAGAUGAGAAGGUUACUAAUGUAAAUGGGUGGGGCCACCAGCAGAGAAGCCCCGUGCCUCCUGGUCUGGCCAAGGGGAGCAGCUCCGAGUGGAACAGCUCAGAUGAUCUGCUGGAUGCCUCAGAGACCGAGGACAACUGCUCCCGGUGCAGCAGCGGUAACGUCACCCCUGCCUCGCCCCCUUGGGAGUCCCACCAGCCCAUCUACCAAAACCUGCUGCCACUGCUGCCCCCGAAGACGUUUCCUCAGAUUGCAGACGGGAGCAGGACCACCCCCCAAGUGCGGCAGCCACAGGAGCUCACGCAGCCUAGUUCUAGGGUGGGAUUUCCGGUACGGUCCCCCACACCGUGCCUGCCUCCUCCUAACCAUGCCGCAAAACAAGCACCUUCUUCAGAUAUCAGAUCCAGAUUAGAGCCCUCCAACUUGGACAGGGGCAAACUGUUGGCCAGGGAAGGUGAAAGGAAAGGCCCUGAUGGGUCAGCUGACAAGGUCCUACCGACCAGCUCCUUCUUGGUGGAUGGCUGCAUGACUGAUAGCUACAGGCAGAAGUAUUACCACCAGAUGGCACUGCAGGGUAACCAGAAAUGCUCCAGCAGAAGAGAGCUUCAGGACACGAAUCACCCAGUUUCCCUGGAGUUUCACUCAAACUCCUCAGUGUCCAAUCAGCAUCAAGAAACGUGGCCCUCCCUCUCCCAGUGGUUAUAGUGGUGACAGUGUUUUAAUUCAACUGCUGACAUGGUUAUUUUUAUACAUCCUUAAUGCAGUUCAGUUUAUACAACCAGUAGGUCUUCUGCUAAGUGGAAUCCAGUAACUUCCAGCGGGCUAGGUGAAAUUGGCUGUCUGUCACUUUUGUAAAAUUUAUAUCUGAUGGCCUGGCAAGUUAUUGUGCUGCUAAAAGCAUUAUCCAUUAGACUGUGUUUAAUUCUAGUAGGAUAAUCCCGUCUGUUUGCUCCAGCUCAUUUAAUACGGCUUACAAAACACAUCCAUUUUUGCUUAGUCCAUAAUUUUAGCUUCUUUUGAUUAUGUUGGACGUUUCUUUUUAUACCCCAGAGGAUACAGAAGACAAGAUAAGCAGUAUUUUGCCAAAAGGGAAUUUUCAUUUGAAGUUUGAUCCCCUAAGCUUGCUGAUUCUUCAUUCUCUAGAGCAGUGCUUCCUGAGAUGUUUUUGCUCCCUGCCAGACAGACAUUUUCACUCCCUUCCAAUUCCUGGGAAGAGAAACAUGGACUGUCUGGUGAUCUCUGAGGACUGGGUUGGGAAACACUGUUCUAGAAAAUUGCUAAAAAUGCUGUUCAUCACCAGAUGGUAAUUCUUCUGUUUGCAUAGUUGCCUACUGAAGUAGAUAAUACAAACCCAGUAUGAACUAAGUACUGUUAAUACAUUUACUUUUGUUGGGUUAGUCUAAAUAUUAAUAACUAUUGGGUUGCAUCACACUAUAUGUGAAAGAAGGAACAAAUAGCAGCCCAUUAAAACUAAUUUUAGUGUAAGCAAAAUUGCUAAAUUUUCCUAUACAAAGAAGCAUUGAGAAAAUGCUGUCACAAAACUAUCACUGCCAAAACCUUUUAAAAAAAAUUGAUUUUGACAUUUGUGUGCAGUUUUUUAUUUUUUUUGAGGGGGGGGUGUUGUAAAAGGACCAGAAACAUCGGACAAUCGGCAAAACAACUUGCUGUACAGGUAGGAAGUGUUUGAGUUUGAAACCUAGCAUUUCCACACUGCAUAUCUGCAGUUGUGGCUAUAGUUCUGAAUGGUCACAUGAUUAUAGGAGCAGCGCACAGGGACGUACAGCCCAGUGUGUGACAGUACCCAUCUCUACACCACCCC